UAAAAGGCAGGGCUACCCGUUAAUUGGUAGUCAACAGUUUGAGUAUUGGUUAACGUAGGUUUAAAAGGUAUGAGAAUAAAUCGAUGUCACAGAACACAAUCCUGUUUUUAUUCACUAUCUAUUUUCUUCUAGAACUGUUGACAGUGGAAAUAUCAAAGAGCACACCUUUGAUUGGAUGAUAAAGUUUCAACUCUUUUUAGAAAAAAUAGGAUGAAGAAGGAAAAUGUAUCAUUUGCCACCUGAGAGUGAUUCCGGAAACAUCAUAACGAAAGUAGUUAAAAUCAUAUAGAUGGAUAUUAAAUGACUUUUUGAUACCUUUCGACGAAAUCUAGAUAACAAUGCCAACACAACCUGUCUACAGCUUUAGAACAAGGCUGCGGAUGUUCACAGAGUACAUAUCAUCAUCCGUUUCAUAUUUAUCAUGCAUAGCACAAGCUGGUUGUUUUGAUGGUUGCAAAAUAGAUAUUAUUUUUCUACUCUACAAUAUUGGUGAUGCUCUUCUUGAUGCAAUACUUCGUCCAAAUAUACCUCAGAUCGUUUGUACUUCGAUGUUCCCUGAUUACCAUGGGAAAUGUCAUCACAUCGAAGAACAUAGCGAUAUAGAAGAUAUAGUCCAGAAAGAGGCAACAACUUACUUGAUACUUCACAAGCUCCUCACAAACUGUCCAGCAUUAGUACUAGGCAUGUUUUGUGGCGCAUGGAGUGACAAAUAUGGCCGAAAACUUCCAUUUGUGAUGCCUAGUACAGGAACUAUAUUUGCUGUCUUAUUUUACAUGGGAGCGAACAUGUCAGCUAGUGGUGCUUUGCCGUCUUUUCUAAUCGGAUCAGUGGUCCAUGGGUGCUUCGGAAAAACCGCAAUGAUUACAAUGGCCGCCAACAGUUAUGUAACGGAUAUUACAGACGCCGAAAAAAGAACAAAGAAGUUAGGAUUUUUAGCUGCUAUGCAGUUUAUAGGUAUGUGUUUUGGUUCUUUACUAGGUGGUGUAUUAAUCGACACUACAUCAAUUCUGAUAACAUACUUGAUGGUUUCUGUACUUAAUAUACUAGUCGUCAUUCUAGCUCUAGGUAUUCUCAAAGAAACAAUUCAACCCAUUGAUGAAGGCGAUUGCUUGCCAUGCAAUUCUUUUUGUCAACUCAGCAAUGUCACGGAUUCUAUAAAGGUGCUGACAAAGGAACGAGAAGGCAACAAAAGAAAAGGUAUCAUUGCCUUAUUCGCCGUUCUACUGCUUCAUCAGACCUGUAGAACUGGUCUGACCGACGUGACGUUACUUUACACUGAAAGGUCCCCUCUCAGCUGGCCAACGUCAUGGUUUGGAUAUUUAUCUGCUUUAGAUAAUGCUUCUAUGGGUGUGGUGUUACUAGUAUUUCUACCAGUCUUCUCUAACUACCUGAAGUUAAAUGAUGCAACUAUAAGUAUGAUUGGAAUGUUAUGUGCAUCGAUUCGAUUUUUGAUCUUGGCAUGGAGUGAAGAAUCCUGGAUGGUAUGGGUUGCUGUGAUUGUUGGGUCACUUGCUGGAAUAAUUAACUCUCCCGUCCGUUCACUUCUAAGUAAACUGGUCCAUGAAAAUGAAAUUGGAAAGAUGUUUUCCAUCUUAGGAACCGGUGAAACGAUAGCAAAAUUUACGGCGGUCGUCUUUACAUCAAUAUAUGGUUAUACCCUAAAUAUUUUCGCGGGAAUGCCUUUCGUAAUAGCGGCCAUAUUGUAUACUGUGAUGAUUCUUUUAGUACUCUUAAUGCAUGUCAAAUUCAAAUCUGAUCGUUGUGAGGAUUUCGAGUCUAAGGCAGAUAUGAACGGUAGUGCAAAACACGAGACGUCAUCCGAUAAUACCCAAGAGGUUAGAUUAGAAAUGAAUAAUAUAGGAAACCAUUCGGAUGAAUGUCCUAAUUAUCAGACAAAUCAUGCGAAUAAUCACCUGAAUCAUUUGGGAAACCAUUCGGAACAUUUUGGACCUUAUAGUAAGUGAGUUUUAAUAGGAUGUUACUCACAUGUGAUCUCGUAUUACACACUUUAAAAUUUAUUGUACAGCUUUAAAUACUUAAAUACUAUUUUUGUGUACUACAGUUGAUUUUGAAUACAAUUAUUUUUGAUUUU